AUGAAUCACCUACAUCGUCUGUCAGAAAUUGUGUAUAUAGGACUUUGUCGUGAAGUAGGGAGUCCUGCAGAAGUGAGGAUUAGGAGAGAAGUGACCGACACUGUGGAGGCGGUGAGGAAACCUGUGGACAUCAUGAGUGGACUUGAUGGAAUGAAAAGUGGGAGUAAGCGUGAGGGAUUCAGACUAAGGACUUCUGAUGAAGAUAUCAUGUUUUGGCCUCCAGACCACACGGUGAUAUGUGAUCUCUCUCAAAUAAGACUUUACCGUAUCCCACAACACACAGUGAUUCUGAUGGAGUUUGAUGAUCUUCCACCGGGUUUUACAAGACUUAACCUGAUGAAUCAAUCAAAUAAUUCACAAACCAUUUCCUCCUGUAUAGUAAUGAAUAAUAUUACACACAUUUCAAGUAUAUUAUUCAGGGAUAACUACUUGCGGUUCUUAAAGACUUGCACUUUCCCAAUCAGUACAGCUGUUCCUCAUGGACCUUGUUCUACGUAUUCCUUAUUUCAAGAUGCAGGGGCGGACUUUGCGUUUUGUUUUCAGUCAAAUCACUGGCCUACGUCCGCAAAACCAUGGAUACAGAGAUGUCGUGAACGGGGAUGGCCAGACCAGAAUACUGUUUUAGAUAUAUUUAAGGGAGGAUUUCAUGUCGUUCCCAUCGGAAGCAAACCUGAAAAUGAAUUAGAAUGGAGAAUAUCAUUCUCUCGAGCAGAACAAAAACUAGUUUAUACAAUGAAUCACUGUCAGUUCUUAUGUUAUGGUCUCUUCAAAAUUUUUCUGAUAGAAAUAAUUAAUCUGCAUAUCAAUUCACCGAUUCUCUGCUCAUACUUCAUAAAAACCAUUGUGUUUUGGGUCAUACAGACCAAUACAUCCUUGUCAUGGACACCUGAUAACUUAUUGUCUUGUUUUUGGGAAAGCUUUAAAUUAUUGAUAUUCAUGGUGCUUACUGGAAAUUGUCCAAACUUUUUUAUUCCACAAAACAACAUGUUUAGAGUGAAAGUCACUGGUUCUGUACAAACCUCACUGCUCAGUCAGUUGUAUGGUUUGUAUAGUAAAGGGAUAUCAUGUCUACUAUUAAGUAAAACAAUCCGACCUUACCUCAGUAUUGCUAUAUUUAACAAAACAUUGAGAUUUAGUACAGACGAGAGUAGUUUUAUAUCAAGCAGAUAUUUAGAUAUAUCCUUAAUUAAUGAACUAUUAAUGUUUCAUCACACUAUUGAGAGUGCUGAGGAAUUUGUAAUUUACAUCAAACAAAUAGAGAGACUGAUUAGGGGAGUGUUGACAUCGUAUCCGUCACUCAUGUUACAAUAUAUGACAACAAGUGUGCUAAGGAAUACUGCCAUGUUCUUACAGACUUGUAUGUAUAUAAAUGAAAAUGGGAAUAAGGUUUGCUUAAAAGCAAAAGUUGCUGCAUUACUAAAACAGUCGUGUAAGUUUGGAUGUUUAUCUGACAUUCUUUAUCUCGCCAUGUACUUCUACAGAACACGUAGAUAUGAAGACGCUUUAAGUUAUUUACAUAAAGCACAGGAGAGAAUGUCAUUGCCGUAUGUUAUGUAUAGGGGUCAUGUAAAUGUAGAUGUGUACAGACAUUACAUGGAAAGGAAUACCCUGGGUACUAAGAUGAGGAGAGCUGUUGUUAGAAAUAUUGAUCUUUAUUGUAUCUACAGUUACCUUGAUGAACUGGUGUUCGAACAGGAGAUCAGUAAGAAACAUGGUGUUCAUUUAUUACACAUCCCACCUCUUGUGAUGUUACACAUGUUGUUUAUACUGAAUCACCAUAGACUGGGUGACACUAUCAGGUCACAACAAUCUCUACAGGAUCUAAACACUCUGCUUCUCUAUGAUGACGAAGUCCAUGUACCACCUCUCUCUAGAGAUAUUUCGUGGCAAAUACUUGGAAUCUGUCAACAAAUCUGUAGGGACUAUUCGGGAGCUCUCCAGUCUUAUCAGUAUUCCUUACAACAAAUGUCAUUCCACAAACUUCAUGAAGCAACAAACUUUAGAGUAAUCAGUCUCCCAACUGUAGCAGUCUGA